AUGAUCUGCUGUUAUCAUCAUCAGCGAGUUUUGUCACUCGUCGCGACAACAACAACAACAACAACAACGCACACUUCUUCGUCUGUUCGAAGAUUUGGAAGAAGACCAAUACUAAGAACAACAACAACAACAUCGACAACAACAUUUUUAAGAGCAACAAAAAAAGAUUCAAUCGAUUGGGACGAACAGAACGACCGGUUUAAAGCGGAACGUAUUUUCGACCAGUGUUUAGGCGCGAUCGCGGAUGGCGACGAAGAAAUGCUCGAAUCUUGUUUGUUACAAAUCGAGUCCGAUAAGAAAGUGCAAAAACUGAGCAAGAAACUCGAACAAGCCGCGCCGGAUGUGUUUUGGAAAAAAAAGGUGAAGGAAAUCGCAGCUGCGAGAAUCGUGGACGAUUGCAUGUCUGCGAUUUUAUCCGGAGACGCGAGCGAGAUCGACGGGUGCAUGGUCGAGUUAGAGAAUGAAGAUUCCAUGGAAUAUUUGGAAGGUUCUUCAAAGUAA